GGACGUGUCAUUAGACUGCUGGAGGAGAACAUGUCUUGUCUCUCUAUAUAGGGAGUAAAUGCAUGCUGUCGGGAUCUUUACUUCCCCUCAAGUCAACGAUACGCCCGCACUUCACGUUCAGAUUGUCACUUUCACCUGUCUUUGUCAGUCACAGCUGAAAUGCGCUGUCUGUGUGCGCGACACGACUCUUUAUUCCCAUUGGCUGUUUAGUGUUUGAGCGGAGUCCCUUUGGAGAGUAACGCAAACUCUGAAUGCGCGAAGUUGCCAAGUUCAAGAGUGGUGAAAUUAAACUGACGGAAUAACGCCUGCGCAACGAGUCUGAGACCGUUUUAAGCACGGUGCUGUGCAGAGCCACAAGAGGGCCAUGUCUGAUAACAGCACCGGCAGCACCAGCUCGUCCAGUAAUAGCUGGACUCUGCUCUCUCCAGAGGAGGCUGCUGUGGACCCUGCAGCCCCAGUGGAUGAUGGGACAGAGAGUAUUGGAGAUGCACCCAGUCUUUCAGAGGAAGUAGCAGGAAGCUCUUUGGAGGUGAGGUCACAUGACCCUGAAACUCCAAUGGUGGAGACCAUUUUGUCAGAGGAGGGUCACCAGGUCAGUGCAUCAGUGCCGAUUUGCCAGGAAACAUCCCCAGAGUUUUUUGAGGAAAUGGCAGCAUCUGGUCAUACAGAUACUGAGCUUGAUCCAGAGAUCCAUGCUCCUGUCAUCCAUGACACAAUCACCAGUUCUCCCCCUGACAGUGACCUUCUGGGCGCUGUUCCCUUCAGCAUCUCUACAGAAUCGGCCUUCCAGUUUUCAGAGGAGUCAGUCCUUGACGAACCCACUGAAGAGGACGUUGCUGAUAUCUUCCCCGGCCAGCAUGUUCCAGUCCAAGAAAGCCCCGCCCCUGAACCAGAGUCCGAAAUCACUUCCACUCCUAAACCAUUCAGAGAAAUAAGCUCUUCUCCAGAUGUCCCUGUUGUUAUGGCAGACUUAAGCCCAAUCCCUGAAAUCAGUGAUUUUUCUGCUGCCCAUGUGCUAGAUAUUCAUGCUGAUGUACAUCCUGCACCUGAAACCCUGCCUCUGGCCCCGCCCUCUGAGACGGAUACAGGAUUUGGUUCCACAGUAGAAAGCCCCGCCCCUGACAGCCCUUAUCCAGAAACCAUUGGCUCAAUUGAGACUGAGGAGGAGCCAAGUUUUGAGAAAGAAGACAUAGAGCUGCCAGAGAAAUUCCCAGAUGUGAUCAGAGAACCAGAAUCUCUUGGUGCUGAACUUCUAGCAGGUCCCUCAGCAGAAGAUGAUGGUCUGAGGCUCAGACAUGUGCAACCAACCAUACUGCUGAAGCGAAGCUCAGACGAGGAGGAAGAGGAAGAGGAGGAGUUCAACCUGCCAGCAAGGAAAGAGGAGAAACCAGGUUUCUCUUUGAAUCAGCUGAUAAUAGGAGCAUUGGUCCUGCUCUGUGUUGGAUCCUUCUUUUUCUCCAGUUCUGUGGUUGACCUGUCUGAUGAUGAUUUUGACGGUACAGAAUUAAGUGACCAGGAACUUCUUGAUAAACUUGCUCAAGAGAAUAAACAAAUGAAUAUAUUAGAGGCUCAGAUUGAGUCACAGAAAGAGGAGUUGGACCAGGCUCUGAAAAUGGUGGCAGAUAAACACAACAUUGAGAAGGGAGCACUGGAAAACGAGAACACUAAGAUGAAAGAACAACUGUCUGAACUGCCUGGUUUACAAGAAGAACUCCAGACACUGAGAGCAAGAGUUGCUGAGCUCACAAAGCUUACCGUUGAAGAAGAUCUUCCACAGCAUCUCAAAGACUCUGGCCCACCUUCCACUGCUGAGUCUAGUCUAGAAGGAACUGAGAAACACUGGGAUAAGAAAGAAGAACUCAAGCGGCAGAAAACUCUUUUGGAGGAGAGCCGAAAGAGACUGGAGGGAAUGAACAAGCAGGGUUUGAGGGAGAGCUUGAUGGAAAUGCAGAAGAGACUGUCGAAGCAGGUGGAUCAGCUGGGCAAGCGGGAAGAGUGGAAGAGGAAACACCAAGAGCACAAAGGAGAGAAGAAGGAAUGGGGCAGAAAGAAAGAACACGACAGGAAGAAAGACGAGGCAGAAAGAGGAAAAGAGUGGAAGCAUGGCAAGGACAAAAGGAGAGACAAUCUCAAGAAGUACAAAGAAGAGUGGGACCACAAGAAGGAUGACAGAAGGCAAGAGAGGGAAAGGAGACAGAAGGAAAGACCUUGGGAGGCCAAACCUUCCAAGCAUCAUCAUCAUCACCACCACCAUGAGCAGAUGAAGUUCUGGAAACACCAAGAAGAGAAGCUCAGGAGGAACCGACAUCCUGCCGAAGGCUGCCAUGGCGUAUCCAACUGCGCUGAUGCAGAGGGGCUUGUUCCUGUGAAGCUUCAAGAGUUCCAGGACCUUCUUGAGAUCUACCUAAGCAAACUAGAUGGUGUUCCACAGGACAGCAAGGAGUCUCUCAGCCGGCUCACUGCCCAGUUCUUCAGCGGCGGAGUUUUCGCCCACGACAGGAUGCUCUUCAGCGAGUUCGCAGAGGACGUUGCAGAUAUCCUUGAAGAUCUGGCAGAUGGUUUAGAAGGCAAACAACAUGACGGUGAUUCCCUCGAGGAAGAGAUGGAGGAGUUCGAGAAAGAGGCUCUGCUACAGUUCGCCGCCCCUUUGGCGUAAUUGGUGCCGCCCACCCCAGAAACUCGGUUGACCGGAUGAAAGAAUACACCACGUGAAGGAGAGCAAACGAAACAAUCUUACCCAUUACUUUCCCCGUUCUUUAUGGAAUGUAGAUGUAGCUUGAUGCCUUGUGUGUGAGGAGUUUUCUUGUCAUUAGUGAAAUCCCACAUGUGCGUUGGGUGUUUAGCUGUAAGCUACCUCCAUUAGUCCUGUUCUUCAAUGACAAACCCUUUGACUCUUGCUUGCUGUGUAAAGUGUCAGUUACCUUAAGCUUUAAGUGUUGCCACAUGAAUGAAACCACUUCACUUGCAGAUGGAUUGGUCACAGUGAACAAGAUUAACACUACACUGGGUGAAUGCAAUGAGAUCGUUAGAGAAUGCUCCUUUAUAAGUUGUCUGAACAACCAAAAUUGACUUAAAAAUUAUGGAGAAUGUCAGGACUUUUAUUUUAGCUGAUUUAUUUAUUUGUAUUUUAUUAUUAAAAUCCUGGUUUCUUUGCAUCUACCCCAUGCUUUGCUUACUAAGCUGGUGUCAGACUGGUUUCUUUUUGAGUUUUGUUAUUGCCAGAGGUUUUAGAGGUCAUUGUAAGCUUUCUGUUUUCGGUUUCGACCCCAACUCGAGUUCUGCUCACACUUACCGUAAAUUAAAGUACAAUCUUUGAAUUCUUUUUUCCUCUUCUUUCUAGGAAUUUGAUAUGUUCGUUUAUGUACCUUUACUAGUGAGCACAGAAUUAUGGUACUGAAAUCAACAUUGAAAGAAAAUAGAGAAAGCUUCAAUAAUGGUUUUGUUUGCACUGUGGUGAUGGGAUAUUUAUUCACAUCCUCUUUCAAUCUUAGGAAAACAUGCAUUGUAGUGAAUCCUCAAGAUCAUUUGAUUUAUAGCUGUGUUAUUGUUUUGUUUGUACUCUUCUGAGAUGGAAACCAUUGAAUUGCGCCCUUUUCUUGUCUAAUUUGUAAAUACGAAGAAACGUUUAUUUAAUGGAACUCAUAAUUUAAGUUAUAAUAUGUCAGAAUAAUAUUUAAUGUGAAAGAAAAUUCAAUACCGUUUAAAAAAAAAAAAAAGGGUAUACAAGACCAAAUGGCACAAUGUAUAAAUAUGAACAUUUUUUUGAUGAUUAUUAAAAUGAUCUACCAUUGC